UCUCCUCUUGUUUCUCAGCCGCCACCGCUAGUCGCUGCUACUGUCGCCACUGCUGCUACUGCUACUUCCUGUACUUUCCUAGCCAAAUGGAGCCACAAUGACAACAACAACACUAGAAGAAGAAGAAGAAGGUGUGGGCACUUGAUUAAUGCCUGUCUGAGUCCUGCUCCUCCACCGGGCGCAGGACAACAUUUCUGGAUCACACCGUCUGUUUGUUUUACAUCUCACGCUCUCUUGCCAUCGUCAGAACAAAACAACGAUAAAAACUGCUUUAUAAGAUCUUAUUCAUUCAUUAGUAUUUCUAUAUUGUAUAGUGCUCUGUGUGUGUGUGUGUGUGUAUAUAUAUAUAUAUAUAUAUAUAUGUAGUAACUGGACACACAUAAACCAUAUGAAGUGCAUCGUUUAAAGAGGCAUCACACACACACACAUAUAUACACAUCGCUAAGUUCUGUCAACAUUUUCCUGUACAAGCGCAACUUGAUCUCCAUCUAAAUGGCUGUCUUCUACUGCUGUCCUGCCAACUGUUUAUAUCGAUAUAAAGUUACACGAAAGAGCACGUUCCAUCAUCAUCUCCACCACCAGAACUACAACACCUCUGACGAGAAUCUACCAAAUCUUGUAAACUGUGAGCUUUGUGAUCAAUAAAUUGAUUAGAGAGAGAGAGAGAGAGAACAGAAAAUUAAUUUAAAGAAAGAAAAAGAUUUUUUUUAGAAAAAAUAUUUAAUGAGAAUUGUAAAGUUUAUUGAGAUAUAUUUGUAGUGGAAUUGAAGUCAAAAGGAUUUUUGGAAGGUUUUCCUGUCAAAUAAGGUAAGCACCAUGUAUUCCGACCAACCCAUAUAUCCUACAAUGGUGCCACCACCAAACUAUCAUACUUGUGGUCUACAUCUGCAAGACAACAAUGACAACAGCAACAACAACAACAACAACAAUAACAGUAAUAACAAUAACAGCAACAUUCCUGGUAGCAGCGAUGACACAAGUGAAACGAGGGAAGGUUCGAGCUUAAAUAAUCGUAAGUCCGUGGUGAUGGAGCAGCCGGUUUAUUAUAAUCACAAACACGGGGAGAAGCCAUACAAGUGCAACACUUGUCGCAAGGCUUUCUCAAGACGAGCAGAUCUGAACAAUCAUGAAGUAGCAUUUGCUGGUGGCAAACACUUUAGUUGUGCGUACUGCUGCAAAGCAUUUUGUCAACGAGCCCACUUGAAGAGCCAUGAACGCAUCCAUACAGGAGAGAAACCAUUCCAGUGUGAGUCUUGUCCAAAAUCUUUCAGCCAAAAGAUUCACCUGAAAGUCCACGAGAGGGUCCACUCUGGAGAAAAACCCUAUCGAUGUCACAUGUGUUGUAAAGCGUUUGCUCAAAGGGACCACUUGAGUAACCAUCAACGUGUCCACACGGGAGAGAAACCCUUCAGCUGCACGUUCUGUUUGAAAGCUUUCAGUCAGCGUGCACAUCUAAGGAAUCAUGAAAGGGUCCACACAGGGGAGAAAGCAUUCAGCUGUUACAUCUGUAACAAAACUUUUAGUCAGAGAACUUACCUGCGUAACCAUGAGCGGAUUCACACAGGGGAGAAACCAUUCAACUGUGACGUGUGCUUUAAGUCGUUUAGCCAGAAAGCCCACCUCAACACUCAUGAACGCAUUCACACCGGCGAAAAACCAUUCAAAUGUCAUGUGUGUAAGAAAGCAUUUAGUCAGCGCGACCAUUUGAACAAUCACCAAAGAACUCAUACCGGAGAGAAGCCAUUCACUUGUGUGUAUUGUCACAAAUCAUUUAGCCAAAGAGCUCACCUGAACACUCAUGAACGAACCCAUACAGGUGAGAAGAUUCCAUCACCAUGUUGUCAGCCGGCUCCAGCUACAACCUGUUUAGUCCAUAGCUGCAAAGCCACCUCGCCAAUUGUUCCAACCUGCUGCUCUGCACACAAAGUCACCCCCAAACGAAACAAUGAACCAAAGAUUCAAAACCGACAUCAAAACUUCUGUAACCACCACCACCACCAUCACCAUUACCAUCACCACCACCAUCACGCUGAGUCACAGGAAUCUGGAGAGAAGCCAUUCGCAGCCAACCAGGAGACCAACAGGAAGACCUACACUCCUCGAGCAGGUUCCACAAAGAACACCAGCCAUUGUGAGCAUUCUUCAUCUCAGCCGGUAGAGACACCCCCUGCGGCAGCAGCCCAGCAACAACCACCACCCCUAGCACCGCCGCCACCAACACAGCAACAACAACAGCAGCAGCAGCAGCAACAACAACAACAACAGCAGCAGCAGCAACAACAGCAGCAGCAGCAGCAGCAACAACAACAACAGCAACAACAGCAACACCCAACCCCUGCACCAUCUUCCACCCCACAUGCUUCACAG